AUGUAUCGGUUACUGAAGAUAUUUCUUUUUAUCCUACUAAUUACUCUCACGAACGGUUCCAAUAGUCUAUUGUCAGAAGGUGUUCAACCAUGUGUAUCUCGAUCAGUAGGGCAACUUCUUCUCGAUAAUCAACAAGAGAAAUUUGAUUGUUCAUCGUUACCAGUCCAAAUUCAAACAACGCUCGCUCUUCAUUUGACUUUCUGUCAUCUAAAUUCAACUGGUCUUGAUCCUUCUACGAUUUGUUCCUUAUCGUCAGUUGACGGAAACAUAAAUGAAUGUUUGCAAAACAUCACGAAGAACUCACUGGCUUUUUUAACUUAUACAAACUUUGUUCCACACAUUCAGAGCAUCUGCUAUGCUCUAGAAACACAACAAUGGCAUCAUCAAGCUCGAAAUACGAUUUGGCAAUUGAAUACACAUUCAAAUCAAGUGGAAAACGAAGCGAAAAAGUUGCUAAUUGAACAGGAAUCAAUGCAAAAUAGUCUCGACCAAGCGUUGAUUAUCAAUCAACAUUCUGUUGAUGAUGCAUUGAACGUUGAUCGCCUCCUUCAAGUUGCUCAAUCGGAUGUUGAUGAACUACGUGGACAUUUAUAUGUCAAAGACAAAGCACAAAUUGAAUUGAUACAACAAAUAUUAGAAACACUCUUCAAUAUUCAAUCAUCUUUGUUCGUUGAUGCAUUUGGUCUAAGUUCGUAUUUCUUCUAUGCAUUGUCACUUCUUGCUAUCCAUCUGUUGACAAUACCUGAACGAACAAAUGAGUCAAAAUUCUGGUUAAUACUCUUAUGGUUCAGUUUAAUCAGCGUGGAACGGUAUAUGCUCUUUUUCUCUUCGUAUGACCAAAUGAGUUUGUAUGAAAUAUUGUGGCGCUUUCGUCAACUAUGGUUUUUACUGUCUUGUAUUACAAUGGCAUAUUAUGCUGUGCGUUACAAAAACUUUCACAAAGAAAAUCAAAGACUAAUUGAUGAAAUUGAUCGAAAACACAAACAGCUCGAAAUAGCAGCAAGAAAAUGUUUAACUGUUCUUAACCAGUUCGAUAUGAUGAACGAUUCAGUGUCUGACAACUCGAUGGACUUUUCGUCAGAUAACAAUGAUACAUCAACAUCGGAUGGUUUUACUGGUAAUGAAGAAAACUAA